AUGUCUUCAGCUUCACUUAUUCAAUUAGCUAAUCUAACUGCACAUAUAAGAAAUUGUAUAAAUAUAACAUUAUCAAAAACAGCAUUAAACUAUAACAAAACUAAUUUACAAGCAUUAUUAUCUUUAUAUCAACAAGGGUUUAUAUCAAAUAUACAAAACGGAAGUAACACAGGACCAGAUAUUAUAAACACUCCAGUAACUCCAUUAAAUAUAAGUUCACGUAAAUUAUGGAUAGAUUUAAAAUAUAGAAAUAAUUCAUCGGUAAUUCGAAAAAUUUCAUUAAUUUCAACACCAAAUAGAAAAUAUGAUUUAACUAGUUCUGAAAUUAAAAAUUUAGCAUCUGGUAAUAAACAAGUUAGAAGAAUAGAACCAUUACAACCUUCCGAAUGUAUAUUUAUUGAAAAUGGUGGUGAAUUUUAUGAAAUUCAAGAUGCUGCGAAAAAGGGUUUGGAUGGUAGAGCAUUAUUUAGAGUCAAGUAA